UAUUCAACAUGGCGAUGGUAGUGUGAAACUCAGGAAUAGAAUUUGUGUACACGUACCAGCUUGAACUUUAUUUAAACCAGUGAAAAUGGUAAGGUCUCAGUCAAAAAUCUAGGAUUUACAUUUGGAGCAAUGAUAGAAGAGUGUUCAGUCACUUCACCAACUUCUCGGAAUAUGCAGGAAGAGUUCCCAAAGAAGAAUCAGUCCUCUUGUUCAUUGUACACUGAAGAGGAACUUGAAGGUGUUAGUACUUCCAGUUCUCUGAAAAAACGUAAUUCUGCUCGUUCCACUGAAAUUGAUUUUUCUGAAGUUAGUUCAACUUCUGAGAAUACUUAUCAAGGUCUAAGUACUUCAAGCAAAGGUAUAUGUAUGGACUUGUAUGAAGAAGAUAUUCCAAAGUCAAAUUCUAAUGUACCAGUUGUAUUUAAUGAUGGGAAUACUGAUGAGAAACCUAAGAAGUUGUCACUUGUGGAAUAUGUGGACAGUGGAAAUAAUACUGAGGAAGACAUGGUAAAUUCAAGUGGACUAACCCAAGAUAAAUCUAUAAAGACUAGAGUAGAUAAGUCAAAUCAAGAUACUUCCAAGUUUCAGUGUAGCAGCAUUGCAGAGGUUAUCACAUCAAAUGAAACUCCCAGCAAGAAUGAAACUUGUAGCAGUGGAGUUGCAUUUGAUGUCCUUCUUUCUGAUGACAAAACAUCACCUAAAGAAGGUGACUUGGAUGUUAAAUCUCUGCUUAAUGACAGUCGUACAAAAAGGGACACAGCAAAGGAGGAUGGUCAACUUUCUGCUUCAGAUUCUAGUGACACUGAAAAGUCUUCUGACAGCAACAAGGCUGACUCCAAGAAAUCUAAGAAAGACAGAGGCAAAAAGAAGGAUAAGAAGAAAAAGAAAAAGAAACACAAGAAACAGAAGCAAGGGGUUGAAAGGGAAGCAGCACCUGGUAACAGAGAUGGUGAUGAAAAGAAAGAGGGGAAUGAAAGCACAACCCAAAGUAAAGGUAGAGGCAAAAGUAGGAGUCACAGUAGAAGCAAACCUGAAAGCCAAACAAAAAGCUCAGAAAAAAGCGAGAAGCCACUGGCUGUGAAGCAAUCCAGAAGUAGAAGUAGAGAAAGAUUUGCAAGGCAUCAUGGUCGCAGCAGGAGUAGAUCACGUGAAAAUGAUAGAAAGUUGAAGCAUCGUAGAGAGAGAUCAAAAAGAUCCAGAAGCUGUUCAUCAAGUAAGAGACGUUCACCAGCAAGGAUAAAUAGACUCUCCAAAUAUCAGUCAUCCAGGAGUAGAUCUCGGAAUAGAAGUAAGACACCAUCAAUGAAGAGGAGAGAAAGGAACCGGUCAAAUUCCAGGACAAGAUCAUACAAAAGAGAUUAUCCUUCAUCUAGAAAAAGGAAAUUAUCCCGAAGCCCUUCACCUCGUAAGCAUAAAGAUAACAGAAAAAGUAGAUCAACCGAGAGACAUUCCCAUUCUUCAGAAAGAAAAGGUGCUCCUCCUGUGAAAAACAGGAGGUCCCAUAAUGAUAAAAAUAGUUUAUCUCCAAGAAGAUCAAAAUCUCCAAAUAGAAAGGAUCAUAAAAGCAGAUCUUCACCCUCAAGAAAGCUGUCGCAUCGCACCUCUUCAGCAUCAGACAGUCUUGACUCAGGACACUUUACAAACAUUCCUUUAACUCAGCUAAACAAACAAGAUGAUCCAGUGGCUGGCAUAAAAGAAACAGAAAAAAAGAUGCUAGGAGUAGAACUUGCAAAAGAAUCCAGUGUUCCACCAAAAUCUGAAGCAGAUGUGCAGAAGCAUCUCUCUCCUUCGGACAGUCCUCUGAAAGCAUGGGAAGAUGAAUUUGAUUUUGUUUUCACUGAGCGGCUGUCGCCCAAAGAUGGAACUGAAAAGACUGUAGAAGAUGUUCUUUUUGGAAAAGAAAUAGCAGAUUUUAAGACUCCUGACACCCUCAAAAGUAAAGCUACCAAAGAAAGUGUCAAAAGUAAUAGCAGCAGAGUAUCAAUUGCUAAGGAAGCCAAAGAGGAAGCACAUAAUGAGGAAAAGAAAGAGUUGGAAGAGAAAAAAAGGCAGCAGUUUAAAGAACAUAAUUCUAAAUCCAAGCAAGGAAAUUCUAAGGUUGAAGAUGCUGAGAACACUCCAAAUGUGGUAAAGUUAGAUGAUAGCAUUGGUGAAGUGAAAGUAGCAAAAAGCAAUUGUGUAAAAACAUGUAACACCAAAGGUGUCAAAAGGACUUCUGAUGAUAGCAGUGUAAAUCAGGGGGCAGAAGAGCCUGGGAAAUCAGCCUUCAUGCCUUCAAAGUUUGAAUCUAUUCCAUUCUUAGGGGACACUCCACCUGGUCCCAUCCCAGAAAUCAGAGAACCUCAACACCCAAUAAUCCCAGCUCCAUCUCAGCUGGGGCUUUUGGGACCUCAUCCAGGAGGUAGGGGUCUCUUACCAACCCCUCCAUUUCCUGCCCACCCUUGGGCGGGCCCCAAUAGUAUAGUGCAUGGUGUUGGUCUUAACAUACCUAAGGGUUCUCAAGGCCUUUUACCUACACCUGGGACACUUGCCAACCUGCCCUCUAAGGAUGGUGACAUGGAUAAGACAAGGAAAAACUUAAGUUCCAGUCCAAUGGACAUGGAGAUGUCAUCACCAGAAGGGGACAUCAUUGACAAACUUAAUGAAGAAUUCUGGAGACAGCAGCAACAGCAAAAUCAAGACAAUGCAAAGGUCACAGACCUUGAGGGGAAAGGACAAAUGUCAGUAGACUCUACUGUGAAUGACCAAUACUUGUUUGAUGAACCAUAUGAGCCUGAAACUGGUAUUUUGAUCUGUGAAGAAUUUGAAGAGGAUUUAGACAGCAUAACUGAUCCCAUUGAAAGGAAGAAACAAGAGAAAAAGCAGCAAAAAGAGAAAACUAAAGUGCAGGAGGUGAUAGACAGGCUCCAUCGCCAGGCCAGAGUGGAGGAAGAAGUGAAACAUGUUCUCAAAGCAUACUAUAAACACAAGGACAUUAGCAAAGAACAGUAUAAGAGUGUUCUCAGAAGAGCUGUUCCACAGAUCACAAACUCUAGCAGUGCCAUUGACCCGGAGAGAAUCAGAUCAUUUGUGAAAAAGUGCAUAGCAAAGAUGAAGAAAAAGCGCCUUGAUUCUUAAUUUGCGUCCGGCACAAACAGUUGUUUUUUUUGUUUUUUUUUUUUGCAGCAAAUGUUCUUUUAUUGGAUGUAUUGGCUAUUACCGUGCCAUCUUUUUCCCAAAAAUACAGUUAGUGCUUUCUAAGAAGGUCAAAAUAAAAAUUAUAUUCAAAAGGAAAGAGGAUGGAGGAAUAUUAACAUGAAUUGCUUAUGCGAUACUUCGUAAUUCAUGCUCAAUUUUUCAACAUAAACGCGACUUUUUUCUCGUGCGAAUCAAACAAAGCAACUAAAGGAUGGGCUCUUUUUAAUGAUGUGUCUCAAUGAUUGUUUCCUCGCUAAGUUUAGAACAUUCCUUAGCUAGCCACAUUGUAUUGUACAGUGGUUGCCUUUAGAUGAAGCCGGCAUUGUAGCGUGACAUUGUGUUGACGGUAGUUUUCCUAAAGUUAUCUUUCUUAACCAAUGAUUGCUCGUAUAAAACUGUGUCUGUGAGAUGUAAAUGUUUUUUUCCAUUCUCAAUUUCGUCAAGUUGGUUGUAUUUCGGUUCUAUAAUUAUGUACAACUUGGCAGUUUCAAAACUUAUGGAAGGAAGCUGGACAAUACUUCACAACAAUAAUAAUAAAAAAAAAACGUAAAGGGUUUGUAAAGCUGACGUUUUCAGCGUUAACCCUUGGCUUCAGCUCA